AUGAGGGAAAUCGUGCAUAUCCAAGCUGGUCAGUGCGGCAACCAAAUCGGAGCCAAGUUCUGGGAGAUUAUCUCCGACGAGCACGGCAUCGACCCCACUGGUGCCUACCACGGCGAUUCAGACUUGCAACUAGAACGCAUCAAUGUAUACUACAAUGAGGCUUCCGGUGGCAAGUAUGUUCCCCGCGCCAUCCUCGUCGACCUCGAGCCUGGCACCAUGGAUUCUGUCCGUUCUGGACCUUUCGGACAGAUUUUCAGACCUGACAACUUUGUAUUCGGACAAUCCGGCGCCGGCAACAACUGGGCCAAGGGACACUACACGGAAGGCGCAGAGCUCGUAGAUUCAGUUUUAGAUGUAGUACGUAAAGAAGCAGAGUCUUGCGACUGUCUUCAAGGUUUCCAACUCACACAUUCCCUCGGCGGCGGUACCGGAUCAGGCAUGGGCACACUACUCAUCUCCAAAAUCAGAGAAGAAUACCCCGACAGAAUCAUGAACACAUACUCAGUUGUACCCUCGCCCAAAGUAUCAGACACAGUAGUAGAACCUUACAAUGCCACAUUAUCAGUCCACCAGUUGGUAGAAAACACAGAUGAGACCUACUGCAUUGACAACGAAGCUCUGUAUGAUAUCUGCUUCCGCACGCUCAAACUGUCCACACCCACGUACGGCGACCUCAACCACCUGGUGUCGCUCACCAUGUCCGGCGUCACCACCUGCCUUAGGUUCCCCGGUCAGCUAAAUGCGGAUCUCCGCAAGCUGGCUGUGAACAUGGUGCCGUUCCCUCGUCUCCACUUCUUCAUGCCUGGGUUCGCGCCUCUCACAUCCCGCGGCAGCCAACAGUACCGUGCCCUCACCGUUCCUGAACUCACCCAACAGAUGUUCGACGCCAAGAACAUGAUGGCCGCCUGUGACCCACGUCACGGACGCUACCUCACGGUGGCCGCCAUCUUCCGUGGACGUAUGUCCAUGAAGGAAGUUGACGAACAGAUGCUUAACAUCCAGAACAAGAACUCGUCAUACUUCGUCGAAUGGAUCCCCAACAACGUGAAGACCGCCGUGUGUGACAUCCCACCGCGUGGUCUCAAGAUGGCCGCCACCUUCAUCGGCAACUCGACCGCUAUCCAGGAGCUGUUCAAGCGCAUCUCGGAGCAGUUCACGGCUAUGUUCAGGCGCAAGGCUUUCUUGCAUUGGUACACCGGCGAGGGUAUGGACGAGAUGGAGUUCACCGAAGCCGAGAGCAACAUGAACGAUCUCGUCUCCGAAUACCAGCAAUACCAGGAGGCGACGGCCGACGAGGAUGCCGAAUUCGACGAGGAACAGGAGCAGGAGAUCGAGGAGAACUAA